ACCAGCUAGACCUUUCUUAUUAUUGCUACUGGCACAAUGGCUACCCCUUGUGUUCUCUGGUGUCUUGUGUUGGUUGAUCUUAUUUUACUAUCAUCUGGAGCAGAGCUAGUUCAAACUUCUCCAUCUUAUACCCCACUGUGUCCUGGUGAUAGACUAGUACUCACUUGUACAACUACCACUGGGAGUACAUUUUGGAGAAUACCUGGACAAAGCAAUGAAGCAGAACCAGUAUCAGGGCCUAAAGUUGUUGAAGGUCUAAUGCUUAAUGUUACUAGCAUCAAUGGUAGUACAAUAACAACUACUGGUAUCUAUCAGUCAAUCAAUGUGUCACUCAAUGGAUCUGAGGUUGCUUGUGCAGGAGCAUCAAUAAUUGCUGUAUAUGCUACAGUAACUAUUACUAUAGCAGAUCCACCAGUAGCUGUGACUGAUAUAAAUAUAAAUCCAAUUGAUGAUAGUUCAAUACUUAUUACUUGGUUGUAUCAACAGAACAUUAUACAGUGUAUAGUGAACUAUACUGUUAUGAUUAAUGACAGCAAUGUAUCUUCUCAAUACAGCUCUAUUGGAAACAAUAUAACACUUACUUCUCUUAUUGUUGGUACUAAUUAUUCAUUUAUUAUUAUUCCUAUUGAUACUAUUGGAAGAGAAGGACCUCCUUCAUCAUUAAUACAGUAUAUAUGGAAUGUACCAGCUCCAGUUGUUAAUAUUAGUUGGUAUCAGGUAUCAAGUGAUAGUGUUACAAUAUGGUGGAAUAACACUGAG